AUGUCCGCCCUCUCCUCAUCCCAACCCUCCCAACCCACCCAAUCCACAGCCUACACCACCCCCGGCAACCCCGCCUCCAAAGACCCCCAGGAGCGCAAAGAAACUAGCUUCAACGCCUCGGACAAUGCCGCCACUGUUGACCAGCGCCUCCCAACCAAGCAAGCGACCGACGCCCAAGGACUCCAAAAUGCAAAGUUCGAAGAGGGAAAAGGCGUCCACGGCGCCCCUGCCGGUGAAGAAGCAAAAGGCCUCACCCAUGAAGAUGUAGGCCGUCACAAGGAGUUGGAUGGGCAGCAGAUGGCGGCGCCUGGUGAAGGUAGGGUAGCGGAUGCGGUGGCUAAAGGGGGCAAGGGUAUGGGUGGUGGUGGAGAACAACCGGAUUUGGCGUCGGAUUUGGAUAGGAAAAAGGCUGAGCAGGCUGAGGCGAGGGAAGCGAUUAAAGCGGAGAAGGGGGAGGCGACACAGGCUGGAGGUGCGUUGGGACAGACUGGUGGACCGGCGAACCCGGUGGAUAAUGAGGGGCAGGGUGGUGGUAAUUAUCCCAAUUCUAGCUAUUAG